AUAAAUUCAACGUUCUCUAGUUUUCAUUGCCCCGUAUUUCUUUCUUUCAUUUUUCGUCGCUUUUUUUCAAUAUUAUUUUUUUUUUUGCAAACAUACCAUGGAGUCCAGAUUCUUCCAUCAAUCUUCCUCACGUCUCACAUUAGUUCAUAUGAAUAAAGCCUUGCAUAGUAACGUAUUUCAGCGACGACGUUUUCAUAAGUUAGACUCGAGCGUUGUAUUCAAUCCAAGAACUAUUGUAAGCCAUCUGAAUGAUUACGUUAUCGGUCAGGUUAAGGCUAAAAAAACAUUAGCGGUAGCAGUAUUCAAUCACUAUAACAGAGUCAGAUUGAAUGUGAUGCGUCAAUACGAACAACAAGAGCACAAACAGUACCAACGUCAACGGCAACAACAGCAACAAUUGUUUGUCGAGCAUCACCAUCCAACCUUACCUUACGAAUAUUAUCACGAGAAAGGUAACCGUAAUACACCAAUACAAAGCAUGGGAUCCAAUUUUGUACCUGCUGACAGACUGCCAUCCGCCAAUCAAAACACUGCUAACGGUCAACAACAAUAUCGACGAAAUUGGGAGAACCCUCAGACAACUAACAGCUCAUCCGGAGCAGCAAUAAUAAACAAACUACACGAUCAAACGACAAGAGAUGCAAUUAUAGCGGAGGACAAAGACGAUAAAAACAGAAUAAUAAUGUAUGAUAAAAGCAAUGUCAUAUUGAUUGGCCCAACCGGCUCGGGCAAGACGUUGUUGGCUAGAACACUAGCCCAAAUACUUCAGGUCCCCUUUUCAAUGUCAGAUGCUACACCUUUCACUCAAGCAGGUUAUGUUGGAGAAGACGUUGAGCUAGUCAUUCAAAGAUUAUUACGGGCAUGUGAUUAUGAUGUGAAAAAAGCAGAAAUGGGUAUUGUAUUUAUUGACGAGAUUGAUAAAAUUGCACGAAGAUCGGACACUAUGUCCAAUGCAAGAGAUGUGUCUGGCGAAGGUGUACAACAAUCUCUAUUACGUAUGUUGGAAGGAACUAUUGUGAAUAUAACUGAAAAAUCUAAUAGCCACCAGCACUAUCAUCAACAUGGACCACCCAAUGGAAGCAGUACAAGUGCUAGUGGAAAUGGUAGUCAAUGCGGUGAUAAUGGCAGAAAAGGAGGAAUUAGCAUGCCUGGCAUACCUGGAAAUAACAUCAAUCAUCCUACAUCAGCCACAAGUAAUGGAAAAGGCGAAACCUAUUCUGUGGAUACCAGUAACAUAUUAUUCAUAUUGAGUGGUGCUUUUGUUGGAUUGGAGAAGAUAAUACAAAACAGAGUAGCCAAAGGGUCAAUAGGCUUUGAUGCGCUUAUCAGUGGGAAAGGAGACAAAAAUGACAAAAUUGAAAUGGAAUCUCAUGAUGGCAGAAAGCGAGCUGUACAACCAUUGACACUGACCGAACCAUCAGAUCUUAUCCAGUAUGGCUUGAUACCUGAAUUUGUUGGAAGAUUACCUGUGAUUGCCUCUGUGGAUAACCUGACAUCAGAUGACCUGGUUAAAGUUCUAACAGAACCUAAAAAUUCCUUACUAAAGCAAUAUCAAGGAUUAUUCUCAUUGAAUAAGGUCAAUCUUAGAUUUAGCAGAUCUGCUUUGAAUAAUAUUGCAAAAAUAGCACUUGAAAAGAAGACAGGCGCUAGAGGUUUACGGAGAAUUAUGGAAAACUUGUUGUUGGACCCUAUGUACGAUACCCCAGCAUCUACUGUUAAACAUGUCAUUAUUACCAGCAAGGUAGUAACAGGAGAGAGAAAAUCAAUAUAUCUGGAAAAGAAUCAAAAGCAACUAGGCAACAAAAUUAUUGCUGAAGAUGAUGGCGAUGCUGUUACAGACGAAGGUUUUAAUAAUAGUGAUAAUGAUAGCAAUCAAAAUGGAAAGCUUCAAGCCACCUUUGUAUAAUAAUGCAGUCAAAAAGUACAUUUUCUGCGACAAUGAAGCCUUCCUUUGUCUAGUUUUGCAGACAUGUUGAAGUCCCUGCUAUAAAUUAGUGCACAAAGAUACUAUAUUCGCAUAAAUGUGAAAGACAUA